GCAAAGUGAACCGUUGCCAAUCAGCGACUAGUUGACCGGAGAAAAAAGACGGUAUAGGGACGGGCACACAUCCCGGAGCAAACAGAGAAGGCGCUACAUAAGCACAGGAGCAAGAAAAGAAAAAAGGAAAGAGGGCAAAAGUCGAUAAGAGGAUAAUGUCAACGACAAGUGUCAUUUUCUUGUGUACGUUAUAGAUUCUUCUUCGACUUGCCAACCCCUCGUCACCAAGUAACAACGACACAAGAAACCAAAGUGGAUCAGAGUGAAACGGAAAGUUAGACUGGAAGGAGCUAGUCGUCUCACAGUGAGCUCCCUUCAACUAGUUUUUUUUCAAAUUCCCCCAAAACAAGAAAAAAUCUUACGAUGGACGGAAGAUUCCAACAUCAGUCAGACUCUUUCUCCAUCGCUAAUUUGCUAUCGAUGCAACCCAAACACAAUCAGCCGCAGCACAGAAUUAUCCAUCCCGAUCCGCUUUUGCAUCUGAGAAAAUUGACAUCCCAUCCGGAGGGUACGGCAGUUACGGCGGCGGAAACUAACGCUUUGUUGGCUCUUCAUCAUCAACACUAUCAUCAUCACCAUCCGAACGUGUCAACCGCUCAGCCAUUUUUCUGCAAUAGCCCAGCUAUCCCGUCCACAUCCAGCCAUCCGCCGAUGACUUCCUCGGCUACAACGAACGCGUCGGAAGGUUUCAACAUUAAAGUGGAAGAAGCCAUGAUGAUGAUGUCGACCGAUCAUCAUCGUCAUCAUCAAAAUGGAGGAGCAAUGGAAGCCCCUACUUCCGGAGAAUCGGCACUACCCAACGAGCCCACUUCGAUAGAUUCUGGAGAUUCCGAUGAUGGGCAAACUGGCAGCAGUGGAGAAGAAAGGAAGAAACGACCUCGUACGGCCUUUUCAGCUGUUCAGAUCAAGGCUUUGGAAUCUGAAUUUGAAAGAAACAAAUAUCUUUCUGUCUCGAAGCGAAUGCAACUCUCGAAACAACUGAAACUCACGGAAACUCAGAUCAAAAUAUGGUUUCAAAAUCGGCGUACCAAAUGGAAACGCAAAUAUACCAACGAUCUGGAAAUGUUGGCUCAACAGUAUUAUUCAUCGUUAGGUAUUUUGGCACCGAGACCUCUCUUUAUUGGCGAUCGCCUUUGGUUUUUGAAUCCAUCUGGUAACUAUGUAGCGAGUGCGGGUCCCCCACCGCCUCCCCCCAAUCUCUAUCAUCCCCGACCAUCGUCCAUGAUGGAUCCCAUGAUUCAUCUCGCAAACAUGUCCGGAAUGAGCCAUCCAUCGCCAGCAUUUGAGCCACAGUCAUUAGGUUCGAAUAACGGGGCUGUAUCGGGUGCCCAGUUCUCGCCCACUUGGGCUCCUCCCAUGCUGCGCGUUGCAACCCAGCAACAACAAUUGGGCAUUGACAGCGCCGCCGGUAGCCCAGUAGAUCCAAUCAGUCUCAGUUUCACUCCCAGUCCCGAAGAUAUUCAGCCCAAAGAUGUUUAGUUUUAUAAUUGGGCACAUUUUUUUAGUAAGAGUAAGAUUGGCCCAGCUUUAACCUCACUUUAUUUGGCUUUGUAAAUAAAAUGAAGCAACAUCAA